GUGUGAGAGUUGUGGAGUAGUCUGAGUUGUUGGGUAGUGGGGGAAACGAAAGGCAGCUUAUAGUCGGAGUAGGGCGAAGUCAGUAGCUUUUAUCCCGGUCAUAUAUUCUGAUCACGGGGUUUAAUCAUGACUCGAGUCAGUUAAUUAAAAAAAAAGUUGCUGCUAGCUCAGAUGAGAGUUUAAAAGAGUGUAUGUAUGUUCCUGUCUGUGAGCCAGAGUUUGCUUAUCACUGCAACAAAAAAAAUAGCGUGGGAGUGAUUGGGGGAGGAAGAGCAGGAGUGAGAGCUGAACUGUUUUCUCUUUGAUUUUAAAAUUUAAAUCCCUGAUUUUUCGGUACUUACUGGCUUUUUGAAUCAGUAGGAAGCAUUAACUAGAAUUGUCACCAAAGGGACUUGUAAUCUGCGGAAGUUGCAAUUUUUUCUCUUCGCCCUCUCUUUCCCCGUGUGAGAGAAGCGGGGCAGUAAGCAGCCGCCUUCCCGCACACGGAGCCAGGACUCCAGCUAGCGAGGCUUUUUUUUUCCCCUCCCGAGUGAUGCUUUGUGUUGCGUUGUGUGUCCGCAAAUUUUCACAAUCACCAUGAGCAUGGCCAACGACACAUACGCAUUUGUAAAAGACAUUAAACCAGGAAUGAAAAAUUUAAAUGUCAUCUUUAUUGUUCUGGAAAUAGGUCGCGUUACCAAAACUAAAGAUGGACAUGAAGUGAGGUCGUGCAAAGUAGCCGAUAAAACUGGCAGCAUCACAAUUUCAGUGUGGGAUGAGGUUGGAGGUCUAAUUCAGCCCGGGGAUAUCAUUCGCUUGACGAGAGGCUAUGCUUCAAUGUGGAAAAACUGCCUAACACUCUAUACCGGGAGAGGUGGCGAUCUUCAAAAAAUAGGAGAGUUUUGUAUGGUAUAUUCAGAAGUACCCAACUUUAGUGAACCAAAUCCAGAAUACCUCAACCAGCUGAACCAAACAAACAAAGUUGCACAAAGUGAACAUAGAAACAAUUCUCCUCCUAGUCAGCUGGCUACAAAUGGACAGAUGCAAGCAGGAAAUGGCUCACAAUGUGGGCCAUUGCAAGGGGGACUUCCCCCAUCAAGCAAUAACCAUCAACAUCAGAACCCUAACUUUGUAGGUGGUGGAAGACCCAAUGGACGGGGACCAAUAAGUCAGCCACCGAUGACUCUAGCACAAGGAUCUGCAGCAGUGACCACUGUUAGCAAUGGAAGAGACCCACGUAGAGCAUUCAAAAGAUGAUGUGCCAAAUGUAUAUAUCGGCCUUGUUCAAACCUGCACCCUACUUGAACCCACUCGAUGCACUUUUAUUUUUACAUAACUGAGUUUGUAUGUUUUGUUUUAAUCCUCUUUAAGAUGGGAUUUUGAACUGUAAAACAUUGGCUCAAUAGUUGAGGUGACUUGCAGUGUUCAAGCUGCACAAACUUAUUUUGAGCUGAAAUGAGUUGUGAAAGUAGAGGUGAUUGUGUUGAGAGCAGUGGGGGAAAAGAAAUUAGGUAAAAUGUCAAUAAAAUUCCAUUAAAUUACUGAUA